AUGCCUACCUCAUUGGAUUCGGCGCGCCCGAUCAUGGCCCCCUCUGUUGCAAGCCCCCGAACCUCGGUCCGCUACAGCACAUAUAGUAUGGCGCCGUCGCUGACGGCAACGGUGCAGACGACGGACUCGGCCCAGGCCGAGAUUCGGGACAUUGAGAGCGGACUCGCGCGUAUGGAGAACAAGGCGCUCUCGGAACAGCGGGUGGAGCUGUCCGAAGAAAAGACGGCCAACAUGAGCAAGCUGGCCCUCGGCGCCAAACUCGACCGCGCGCUCGACCGGAGAAUGUCGGGCCAGGACGCCGUUAUGCGGCCACGGAAGAGGGAAAACUUGGGGCCACAGCAGCCGCCCGCCGCGGUGCUGAGCGAGAAGGUCAAGGCUUAG